AUGACUGCUCUGCUCUUCCAAGUCCUGCUGAUGGGCCAGGCUGGCCUGAGCUGUCAUCAGCCUGCUUCCCUCUAUGGAUACCAGACACAGCCCUGGAUAUAUGAAUGUGCAUUCAAGAACCAGAAUCCAGAUAACACCUUCCAGCAGCAGUUAUCUCAAGCCUCAGGGUUUCCUCAUCAGCUAUCUGACAGACUCUUGCCUUCAGCAGAGCAUGUGAAAGAAAUUAUACAGGCAGUUUAUACAGACCAGUUUCGAGUCUUACUGGACGAUUUAUUGGAAAAGGGUCUGGUAACAAAGGAUAGUUACCGUCAUUACAACCAAUGUGACAUCGAAGACUUGCCACGCGUCAUCCUCGUGUCUGUCCUCGGCAAAGAGGAAAGCUACUGUCAAGCCUUCCUCUCUAUCCUCUGCGUCCACUUCCCAUGGAUCUGCGAAGAGAUUCAACAGGACUCUGCGGACGACAGGCUAAUGUGGGCAAAUGAACCCUCAGUCACGAUGAGAAACCACAGCGAGUUGGUGGAGCUCCCGCUCCUGAAGGACCUGAGUUUUCUGGGUUUGCUGCAGGAUGACUAUGGACCACGGCAGAUGUCUUCGCCCAUCAUCAGCGGGCAGUGUGGAGACUCAGUUUACGAAACAGAUCUCGACAUUAAUCAGUGUGAGCUGAACAUGUGCAUUUUGGAUGAUAUCGUUAACCCGGGGACAAGCCUGGACCAAUAUGAGGAAGGAAUAGAAGGGAUUUUAAAGUAUUUGCAGGAUCCACGACCUCUGAAUACAAUUGCCUUGGAGCAGUACUUUGAUAACGAUCUAUUGCUGGAAACCCAGGAGUUUGUGAUGUGCAGAGCUCCGACAGACCCCAGUGAUGACGACAGCUCGUGCUCCGCAGAUGAUCAACUCCCAGACCAGAGUUCCCCGGGCAUUCCCUGCACAAGGAGGAGAGGCAGGAAGAGAGCGACCAGCAGCUCCAGCCCCACAGAGGAGCAAGAGACCAUCACCCAGGCCACGAGCAUCAAAAAGCCAAAGCCUUCAGGAGCAGAACCUGAUGCUGAAGCCACUGAAGUAAACAAGGUGAAUUGCCGAGAGUCACCCUCCCCCGGAGAAGAGGUUCCAUCACAGAUACUACCCGAUGUGGAGGCCCUGCUCGUUUCUCCAGGAUGUGCUGUAGAGACAGAGACACCAGACAGCAUUGUGUCAAUGAGCUACUCUCCAGGGCCAGAAGCCCUUCCUACGAUCCCGCCCACCGCAGACACUCAGCACCCAGUGAGCCCCUCCACCAGCCUAGGAAAUGGGUUGAGCGGCCUGCCUCUCAGCCCAGGGGUUAUCCAGCUGAUCACGUCCUGCUCGUUCCCACAGCAAGUCAUCAGCUUCCCAUUCAGUGGCACCAUCCAGUCGGGUAUCGCCACUUACUUCAUAGUUGCAAACAAGAGUUUACCUAGAGCUCCUGAGCUGCCUCUGACAGUAUUGUCUCCUACACUUUCCUCUGCUGCUUCAGGUCAGAGCUGUGCUCCUCCCAGUGAGACGAGUUGGCAGGUGGAUCCAUCGCCUGCUGCCCUACAGCCAGACCCUCCAGUCAGCCCAAAGCCCGCUCCUCACACUCCCCUCAAGGCUGAGAGUCCCCCAGAGCCCCUCACCAGCUCCCUGCCCGCAGACAGCCCCACCCCUCCAGCCAGCAUCCAGGCGGAGGGACCAGUUCCAGACAGAGAAUCACCCGGUGAAGGCUUCCCAGAGCCGGUCACUCCCACAGUGAAACAAUUCAUCAAAACAAAGGCAGUGGAAGACUGCACGGUGACUGUGAAAGAGUAUUUGAAAGACAUGAGCCAACAUUCCUACAUUUGCCACGAGCACGACGAGAUGCACCUGGAGGACAUUUAUGUGGACAUCACAUUGGUGGAGGGACAAGUGGAGACUAAAUCAGGUCGGAAAUCCAACAAGGGCUUGGACAAAGCCUGCAAGAUCUACAACAUUGACGAGGGAGAGCACGCAGCCAUCAGCACCGACAAUCUCUUUGACUUCUCCGAGAGAGAGCAGAGAGAGACCAAAGUGAUUGCUCUGCUGGGCAGAGCGGGCAUCGGCAAGAGCGUGCUUGUCCAGAGGGUCUGCCUUGACUGGGUGAACGGAAGCUUUGGGCAGUUUGAGUUCGUCUUCUGGUUUAAGUGCAGGACGCUGAACUUAGAGAAGCAGUACAAGCUGAGAGAUUUACUCUUCGAGCCGUUCCUUCCCGCGCUGAGGGACACGGGCGAAGUGUUUCAGUACCUCUGCCAUCACCCCGACAAGGUCCUGGUCAUUGUGGACGAUUUUGAGGAUUUUCAGGACUGUGAUGGGCUCCUGCAGCCCACGACCUGCCCGUCCAGGGAGAAGCCUCAGAGCGUCCGACAGCUCUUGGCUGGCCUCCUGCAGAAAAAGCUGUUGAGGGGAUGCACGGUGCUCGUCACCGCCCGGCCCAGAGGGACAUUCAACCAGUACUUGACCAGAGUGGACAAGGUGGUCGAGGUGAUGGGAUUCAGUCCACAACACAGAGAGGAAUUUGUACGGAAAUACUUUGAAGACUCGUCGCUGGCCGUGAAGGUGUCUGAGUGCCUCCAGCAGCAUCGCUUCAUGCUCAGCUUCUGUUUCAUCCCCUUGUUCUGCAGGUUUCUCUGCUUCAUCCUCAAGGCCAAGCACCGGGCGGGUGACAAGUGCCUUACGUUGCCAGCCACUCUCACCAGCCUCUUUCAGAGCAUCUUUCAGGUCUUACUACAGUCCGGUGCAUAUACCCGCUCUGGCACCCAGACCCCAGCUCUGUUGGCGAAGCACAAAGCCAACCUGUUGAGGCUGAGUACGUUGGCCUACAGCGGAGUCCAGAGUCACAGCAGCGUGUGUGCGGAGUCAGAGACCGCAGCUAUGACCAACUUUGCCCUGAAACACGGUUUCCUCAGACCUUUCCUGAUGAACGGCCAAGAGAGGGAGCAGGAAUGUGGGAAAGCCUUUUCCCACUCGGCGCUGCAGAACUUCCUGGGAGCGAUGUAUCUGCUGUUCUCCGAGGACGUGAAGUGCAAAGGCCUGUUGAGGAUUAUCAUGCUGGAGCAGAAGAAGAAGAGAUCUCAGGAGGACUGGCUGGACAUUGUGCGCAGGGCUUUGGUGGGGCUGGCGUUUCAGGAAGGGAGUGACUUUAUUGACUGUUUCGUCAACAAUCCCAAGAACAAAGUCAAGAGUAAGAAGCAAAAGUCUUUGCAGAGGUAUCUGGGUGAGCUGGAUACCAGUGCACUGAGCGGGGUCAGGCUGCUCGAGCUCUGCCAUUGUGUGCACGAGACCCAGAACCCUGAACUGGCCACACGAGUCGCCUCCAAACUGAACGAGACCUUGUCCUUCCUCAGGACUCGGCUGACUCCGCCUGACAUCUUCGUGCUGCUCCACCUGAUGCAGAAGUCUCCCAGGAAGUUCUGCAUUGACCUGAGGGAAACAGGCAUCGACCUGCCGGGGAUCAGGCAGUUUGUGGAACUCAAGAAUGUCACGUCGUUUAGAGUGUCAGUAACGGAUGCGGUGAAGCUGUGGGAACAUUUGGAGCAGACUGGAGAAGAGGAGCUGCUGCACACCUCUCUGCUUAAGUUUUCUGUCAACCCUUUUGAGGUCAACAGUUUGAAGGAUAUCGAUGACCUUGAUUUACUGGUACAGCUUCACAAAGGCAGAAGAUUCCUUUCAUGCGCGAAAAACGCCUGUGGGAGCGAACUCCACGAGCUCCCGGCUGUCAGCUCCCUCCAGACCCUGGAAUUUGCACUUGGGCCUGUGAUCGGACCUCAGGGAUUUCAGAAGCUGGCAAAGAUCCUCCCAGCAUUGCAGUCCUUAAAGUCCCUGGACCUUGAAGGACCGAGUGCACAAAAGAUUAAACUGAGUGAAAAUCAAAUUGGAGACGAAGGCGCUGAGAGACUGGCGGAGGUGUUGUCUGAAUUAACAUCGCUGGAGAAGCUGACGUUAUCACGGAACCAGAUCACUGACCGCGGGGCACAGACUCUGGCCAGAUCUCUGCCCAAACUGAAGUCCUUGAGGACAUUGAGUUUAUACGAUAACAUUAUAGGUGAUAAAGGAGCAGAGAAACUGGCAGAAAUCCUUCCAGCAAUGACAUCGCUGAAAGUGCUCGACGUUCAGUUCAACAACAUCACUGAUGUCGGAGCUCAGAGUCUAACACACAGUUUGAAGAACUGCCCGCACAUGGAGAGCAUCUGGUUGUGGAGUCCCACCAUCCCCCACUGGGUGUCCGACCACCUGAAACAGAUUGACGUUAGAAUCAACUUGCAGUAGAAGAAUCUCCUUUGGAAGGAAAAUGGUUUUCAUGGGGUCGCUGGGUUUUGUGACGAUCCCCACAGUCGGGGGGCAGGGAGUCUGGGAUGUGGAUGACACUCGGGCUUCCAUCAGCGCUCAGAACACUUGAGAGAGCUUGGCGGAAAUCAGCAACUAUCAUUCAUGUCUAAUGUCAUUGUGGCUGAGGUCUGAAGGCCCAAACUCCAAUGGUGGAGCUGGCAGGGCGGGGGUCAUGAAACAGGCCAGUGCUCG